GCAGCACACACACAACACAACCCAACAGCAGCGCGUUCAAAGCCCGGACACACUCCGCGUUUCACUGCAAUACACUCAUCAGUUGGAUAAUAAAACGAAAUCGGCCGUGGAUCGUUUUUUUUCUAAUCAUUAUUUUAUUUUUAUUUUUUUUAUUUGGAGCUCCAUCGUGGAAAAAAGUUUGAUAUCGGCGCCAAACUCCUGAGCACACUCAUGUCAGAAGAGGCGGAGGGCUCACUGAAGGCACUUUAACCGGGACAGCGGUGGAGCCGAGAAUCACGUUCAGCUGGUGGAGCAGGGACCUAAAACUCAGGGAAAUGUCCGGUAGCACUGGAAGAGAACCUGGACAGAUUCUAGGAUUUCUUUCCAGCUACCCUCACUAUCAUCAGCAGGACUUUUGUCUCAGCCAUGGGGGUCUUAACCAACUAGGUGGAAUGUUUGUUAAUGGCCGCCCGCUUCCGGAGGUUAUCCGGCAACGCAUCGUGGACAUGGCACACCAGGGGGUUCGACCAUGCGACAUAUCCCGGCAGCUCCGGGUCAGCCACGGCUGCGUCAGCAAGAUCCUGGGACGGUAUUAUGAGACGGGCAGCAUCAAACCGGGGGUAAUCGGCGGCUCCAAGCCUAAGGUGGCCACGCCGAAGGUUGUGGAAAAGAUCGCUGAGUACAAGAGGCAGAAUCCCACCAUGUUUGCCUGGGAAAUCAGAGACCGGCUGCUGGCAGAGGGAGUGUGCGACAGCGACACAGUGCCAAGCGUGAGCUCCAUUAACAGAAUAAUUCGAACUAAAGUCCAACAACCUUUUAAUCUCCCCCUGGAUGGAAAUGGUCUGAGUCCAGGACAUACCUUAAGUGUUCCUCUCUGUUUCCCAGUCCCGAGCUCAGCCGUCACCCCUCCAGAAUCCCCUCAGUCAGACUCUUUGGGCUCCACCUACUCCAUCAAUGGCUUGUUAGGAAUCCCCCCACCCAACGUGGACGGCAAGAGGAGCCACGAUGACAGUGACCAGGAGAGCUGUCGACACAGCGUGGACUCCCAGGGCAGCGCGGGCGUCCCCAGAAAACAGAUGAGAAUCGAACACUUCUCUACAGCCGCACAUCUGGACUGUGGGUUUGAUCGACACCACUACCCUUCGGAUUCCUUCAACUCCACCUCCAGCAGCAAAGCAGAGCAGACUUUGUACCCGCUGUCGCUCAUCAACGGCAACCUGGAAGAGGCCAAGACCAGCCUCUCGACAAGCAGCUCUGUCAUUGGACGGAAUCUGUCGGCACACCCGAGCUACACUGUGGUAACCGAGCCUCUUCAGACCCUGCCCCUCUGUCUGAAGCAGGAAAUGUCCCCAGAAGUGACCAGUACGAGCCCCUCACCAAACAUGGCGGCGUCCACCCUGGCGUAUGUGGAGCUGCAGGCGCUGCAGAAACCCAUCUCUGUUAGCGGCAGCUGCAAUGGCAACAGCAGCUGCAGCUCCAACCCAUAUCCCAAUGCCUUCAACUCAUUUUCCCAUCAUGCACCUGUGUACGGGCAGUUCAGCAGUCAGUCUAUCAUCUCAGGGCGUGACAUGGUGAGCUCCACCCUACCGGGUUACCCACCCCACAUCCCCUCCCCGGCCCAGACAGGAUACUCCUCCUCUGCCAUCACAGGAAUGGUUGCAGCAGGUGCAGACUACCCAGGUCAGUCCUACACCCAUUCACCCUACACCUCCUACAGUGAAGCCUGGAGGUUCACCAACUCCAGUAUAUUGGGCUCGCCCUACUAUUACAGCUCGGCUUCCCGCACCGGCCCCCCCUCUGCAGCUGCCUACGACCACCUCUAGUCCCAUGCAGCUGCAAGCCAAGACUUUUUGAAAACCCGACUGAAAAAGGCAACUGAAGCCGACAGAUGUGACCACGGACCAAGGCAUGACGGCCAAAACUGGAAGCUCUGCUGGAGAAUGAUUUUCUUUUUUACCCCUUAAACCCUUUCAUGGUCGACAACCUCUUACUUUAUUUAUUCUUCAUGACUGAUGCCACCACGCAGGUUGACUGAUUCACGUUUACGCACAGUUUCUGGGCCUGCUUUCAGCUCGACUGGGCCCUCCUCUCAGUUGAAAUCUCUUUAAAGCUGUUUUUUUUUUUUUUUUUUGGCCAAAGACUUUUCUUUUCUGGCACAUGUACAACUCGACUCAACGGUUCAAGUUUAUUGCUUGGAGAUAUGCAACUUCUGUGAACUAAACUAUGCCUGAUUUGUUUACAUAGUGGAUGUGCUCUUCCCUCCUUAACUGGAAAAGUUAAAUCCAGUGAUGAUACAUGAAUUCCUAUUGUUGGUCUUUACCUGCUUGUGGAUUGUUUGGCUUAUUCUCUGUAUAGAAAGAGACUCUGAAUCAGAAUUAGAGCAAAAUGGCAACAUUUUAAACACACACCGCCCAUCAUAAAAUAUUCAAGUGUCUGUCCAGCAAAGUGUACAUAGUGUAAAUUACUUACGGGUAGAAGAUUUCACUCUGAGAAUGAAUAAUGAUCUGAGAUGGAUAUGAACAGCAAGGCUGGAAAUACGGUUGUUUUUGCUUCAAAUGAAUUCGAGUUUGUGGUCAUGCUGAUGUUUGGUAAAAAUGGUGACUAUUUUUUCUUAUACUUUUAUUAAUAUUAUUGCAGAUGUAAAUAUGGAAUUUCUAAAGAAAUAUUUUAAUUAAAAGCAUGUCAAACCGGA